GAUCGAUGCAAGGGCGAUCCGAGGAGUUACGGUCGACGGGCUUUCUCGGUGCAUUCGUGCGUUGUUUUUAGGAAUUCCGUUUAGUUUAGUUGUCGCGAAAUCCUUUUCUGUGCCUCCGCUUGCUAGUCCCUAGUGCCUUUGCUGCCAGCAUGUCUUCGUUGAGUGUGGAGAAGAACGAGUACCCGAAAGCGUCCAACGCUCUGGUGCUCGGCGCUGUACUGUCAUACGUUGCAGGCGUCUUCCUGCUGAUGAGCUUUUGUUCGCCUUACUGGAUCGUGUCCUAUCCGGAGUCUUUCAGCAAUUUUAAGAACAUGGGACUGUGGGAGUACUGCUUCCGGGAUUUCACCUAUCCGUACUAUCAAUUCCCCAAGCAGUUCAACGGGUGCCACCACAUCUUCAGCGAGGAGUACUACGUCAUCAGAGAAUAUUUGCUACCCGGAUGGCUGAUGGUGGUACAGGGAUUCGUCACAAUAUCCUUCCUGUUUACAUUCGGUUCGCUGAUCAUUAUGGCUUGUGAGCUCAUCAGAUGGCCAUUGAAGUUCGUGCUGCGCUACGAGUGGCUGCUUACCAGCAUUUCCUUUGCCGGAAUCGCUUCAUCCUCCUUCUUCAUGUUUCUGGCGGUGGCCAUCUUCGGCGGCAAUGCAUAUCGUCGCGAUUGGUUGAUGUACCCUAAAUUCAAUGUAUUCUCGUGGUCGUACGAGCUGGCCGUUGUGUCUUUCAUUAUUCUGGGGCUUGCAUCACUACUCCUAUACAAGGAAUCACGCCGAUCGUACGAAAUGCGCCGUGAGGCCAAGAAUUUGGUGAUGCAGAUGCAGAUGCACGAACCGGGAUACAAUCCAUCGCAUCACACCAGUAGAAGUCUGCACAGCGGUGGAUACAUAUAAAUCCCGCACGCCAAACCCACUCCAUAACGGAAUCUCCUCAUAUCGUACCGAUCUUUUAAGUCCUCUCCUUUCCCCCUUACACAUAUCCUGGUAUCCAGCUCUCCCCGUCCAACGAUAAGGGAGAGUAGUAAUUGUAACGCUUUUUGCUUGGUAUAUACACGCAGAUCCGUAAAGCAGGAUAAUACGAGUAAUGCGCACAUUUUGCGCAACGCACCUUUAAUAUAUUGAAGGGCCCCUUUUUAGAACAUCAUACACGCGUACACGUGGCCUUUUUAUAGUAACGGUAAAGUCUUAAGACGAACGCACACAGCACAUCGGAACUGAGAGAAGAUAAAACAAAAUUAGUGCCUCUCUCUAGCACAGGGACAUCUCGUUAACAAUCGCAAAUCGUUUCGAAUCGUUUUCCCCUUCCGUACGUACUUGUAAGUGCGCUUUUAUUUUUAUUCUUUAUUGUGUUACCUUAGUUAACUCCCAUCAUCACCCGUCCCCGGUAUGUGAACAUUGUUCCUACCGCUGAACACAAUCACGACGGUAGCAGAUAGUGUUUUAGAGUGUAGUGAGCUCUUGACCCAAUGGUUUUGUUAUCGAAUCGCUCGUUGGCACAUGGCAAGAACGUUCCAGUAGUAGCAACGAAUAAUCUCAUUUAUAAUCUUUUUCCGUCCAUGAGAGUAUUGUUUAGUUUAAGCCAUUUGGCACGAUGACAUUCCACUGCUUCAUGUAGCAGUAGGAAAAGGGUCACAGAAAGCUUAACUGUAUUGUACGUACUCUAGGCAGUCUAGUAGCGCGUUUAUCGAUAACUGGUCGAUAGGAGUGGCGCAGAUUUGGUGUAAUAAAAUUAUAAUAAAAACUAA